AUGUCUGCCAAAGUCGACACAAUUUCCUCCAUGCUCUCCAAGUCGCUCAAGUUGCCGUCGGAACCGGCAUCCAACAAAGCCCUCGUCCUCGCCAACACCCGCCACAUCAACACUGAGGACGCGCAGGCCACCGAAUCCGACGACUCCGAUUCCGACGCCUCCGACAAGAAGAGCGAGUCCACCGACGAGGACACACCCACCCACCACGCCCCUCGCGACGUAUACGAGAACAUCGAACUGGGGCCGGGAGAUCAAUUCCUCGUUGACUCCCUCAGCAACAACUACUUCGGCCCCGUUGAGCCGACCGCGAGACGCACUCCUGCGGACUCGUCGAAGAAGAGCAAGACCUACAGGAACAUCAAGUGCAACGGGGGCUCGUUUAUGGAGAACUCAAACUCGAACAACACCAACGCGAUCGUCUCUUCUAAUGGCGUGUUCCCCGCGUGGAUGGCUGGUGGAAUGGGUGGCGGAAUGCCGCAGAUGGGCUCUCCCGGGAUGAUGCCGAUGGGCCAUAUGGGGCCCAUGUUCCCAAUGGGACCGAUGGGAUAUCAGAUCUCGUACGUGUCUUAUGGUAGCCAGCCCAAGAAGCAAGGUCGCCGCAAGACUCAGGAUCUCUAA